AAUGCUUGGACGUUAUGCUUCUUAUAAAAUUCAAGUCGAUCAAAAUAUAAUAUGUAGAAGGUUCAAUGAUUUUGUUCACUUUUAUGAGGCAUUACGUACUAAUUAUCCUGGAGUAUUUGUACCUAGACUCCCUGAAAAAUAAGCAAUGGUAAUUCUUUUAUCAAAAUUAAAGGGAAAUCUUGAAGAAGACUUUCUUCGAGUCAGAAGAAGAAUGCUUCAAUAUUUCUUGAAUUCAAUAUUCAAAAGAAAAAUCUUAUGGAAUUCACCAGAAACAAAAUAAUUUCUUAAUGAACAGAAUUAAACUUUGAUUCCUAUAAACAAUGAAAGUAAAUCAUUAGAAGAAAAAUAUCAAACUAAUCUUCCUGAAUGUUCAAAUGUAAACAAUAUAAUUAAUUGAAGUUAGAAAUUACAUUAGAUAUGAAAUGUUAAUUUUAUGAUUUUUAAUCAUUCGUAGUAAAAGCAAAGCCUAUGAUAGAAAACUUUAAAAAGAUGUGCAAUAAUUAUGUGAUUGCAAAGACAAAUUUUAAUACAGAAAAACUUAUAUUUGUGAAUUAUGUACUUCCAGAGUUUGAAAAGAAUUUAUUAUUUAAAAGUGAUAAGAAGUUUUAUGAUAAAAUAAAACCUUUAGAUUUGAUGAAGAAUUAAAGAUAUGAUUAAGCUCGUAAAUUUUAAAGUGAUUAAAUUUUAAUUGAUUUAUGUAUUUUGGAAAAUGAUAUAGAGGUUAUAAUAUUCAAGAAAUAUAUUAGUCUCAUUUAAUUUAAUUUGAAUAGAUAAGAAAGUGGGAAGAUAAAAUCAUAAAAUAUGAGGAUAAAAUUAGAUAAUCCCAAUUAGAUUUAUAAUAAACUAUAAAUAAUUAAAGAAAUGCAGUAGCAAAGUUAUUUUUUGGAUCAAAAGACAAAGAAAUAUUAAGAUUAUAGAAUUAAAUUGAAUAAGUAUUUGUGUAAUAUAUUAUAUUUUUAGUAUUCUAAAACUAUAUAGGAUUUAAAGGGAGUAAUCAAUAUAACAAUGGGUUAAGUCUGUUUAUUUGAGAUUCCUGAUUUCAUAAAGGAAAAGGAACAAAAUCUUUUUAAAUUAAUAAAACUUAUAGGAUAAUUGGAGAUGGAAUAGAUCAGUAUAAUAGGAGAAUAUUGGUAAAACAUUUUGGAUUCUCGUUUAAUAUCUUAAAUUGAAUAAUAAUAAGCUUAUGACUCAGUUAUAAUAAUUGAUUAGAAAUAAUAGGAUUAAGGUUAAUAAAUAUAAGUAGAAGAGAAGAGUGAGAAUUAAGAAAAUAAGAGUAUGGUAAUAUAAUAGGAAUAAGAAUAAUAAUAGAGUGAAUUAAAUUGA